GCAGUCGCUGGGCGUAUUCCUUAUUUCAGCACAACUUUCCCGAAGCGGACCGCUACUUGUUCAGCAGUCGCUGGCUAUGUUGCAGUGGACCGCUGGACCUCUUGAAAGUUCCAGAUUUCUAACUUCGAAUUUUAGCUAUCUUUUAAGGCUCUAUUUUGCACAUUUGUCACAAUAUACAUCAAAAUACCAAAAUAGAUAAAGUAUGCAAUUUAUGGACAUGUAAUGCAACUUUGACACUCAAAACACACCAAAUAAUGGCCUUAAAACAGUGCAAAAUCCAAGCGUAUCAUCUGUUUAUAGGGAGGUUUGGCCCAAAUCCCUAGGGUUACAUCCUUCAAUGAUUUAACAUUUCUGCCUUCGGAAUUUCUAAAGCAGCUUCCUGACUCUGUGGUGUGGUUUACUGACCAAUUUGCAUUUAUAUCCUCAACUUCUUCUUGAAUCUUCUGUUUUUCUCGUACAACUUGCCAUGUCAGCGAGCCAUUUGUCCUCCUUGAUCAAUUGGCGGCUUCUUCAUCAGUCUGUCUCCUAGACGUAGCCUCUUGACCAGUUUGAACACUUUUUGUUGCUUUUUUGCUCGAAUUCCUUCUGACCCAUUUCCUUCUGAACUCCCUCGACUUACUCCCCAUCGCUUGUCGGGCAUAAUUUGGGCUCUCUCGAUUUGCUUGAUCGGAUGAUCCCACUGUGCUCUUUUCAGCAGCCAAAAGCGUGAUCUUCGCGGUUAGUUCGACACCGGGCUUUGACGAUUCUUCUUGCAACACCUUUUGGACGAGAUUGGAGACUCCUUCGUGGAGACCUCGUGCCUUGGCUCUCGUCACGGGUACCCCUUGCAUCUUCUAUGAGGUCGUAGAAAAAUACUCCAAGACAGUUGAAGUGAUGAAAAGUGAAGUUCGAAAUCUUCUAACGGCUCCUCAAACCAAAAUGAUAGACACCAUGCAUCUGAUCGACACACUCGAGCGACUUGGCAUUUCCUAUCACUUUGAAGACGAGAUCGAAGAUAAACUGCAACACUUUUUCAAUCUCAAUACGAAUUAUCACGAAGAUGAAUCCUAUGAUUUGUACACUGUUGCUCUCCAUUUUCGAUUGUUCAGGCAGCACGGUCACCCUAUAUCUAAUGAAAUAUUUGGUAAAUGGAGGGAUGUUAAUGGGGAUUUCAAAGAGAGCAUUAAGAGCGACGCGAAGGGUAUGCUGAGUUUGUAUGAAGCUUUUUAUGUUCGAACACAUGGAGAAACCAUACUAGACGAGGCACUUGCUUUUACUACAGCCGCCCUCAAAUCAAUUGUGCCAAACCUCGAAUCACCCCUCAAGAAGCAAGUUGAACAUGCCCUCGUGCAGCCCUUGCACUUGGGGGUACCUAGACUUGAAGCAAGAAGUUACAUCGAGGUGUAUGAAGAAGAAGAGCACAAAAACGAAGCCCUAAUCAAGUUUGCCAAAUUAGACUAUAACCUAUUGCAGAUUCUGCACAGAGAGGAGCUCCAGCAAGUCUCAAGGUGGUGGAAAGAAUUAGGGCUUAUGUCGAAACUUCCUUAUGCAAGAGAUAGGAUGGUAGAGUGUUACUUUUGGGCUCUGUCAGUGCACCAUGAGCCACAAUAUUCUCGUGCCCGUACCAUGCUCGCCAAGAGCAUUGUGAUCUCAUCUGUAAUAGACGACACAUACGAUGCUUAUGGUACGAUUGAGGAACUUGAGGUUUUCACCGAGGCAAUACAGAGGUGGGAUGAUGGAGAAAUCUCUCAACUCCCCGAGUACAUGAGACCUCUCUAUAAAGCUAUCUUGGAACUCUACAUUCCAUUUGAUGAAGAAUUGGCCAAGGAAGGACGAUCCUAUGCAUCACACUACGCCAUAGAAGGAGUAAAGGAAUUGGCAAGGGGCUACUUUGAAGAGGCGAAGUGGUUCUUAGAGGGUAACUUGCCAUCAUUUGAGGAAUAUCUAAAGAUUGGUCUCAUUACCAGCACCUACGGUUAUGCGAUCCCCUCUUUAUUUAUGGGAAUAGGAUCUAUUGGAAAGGAAGACUUCGAGUGGCUAAGCGAGAAGCCUAAAAUAUAUGUUGCCACACUCAUAAAAGGUCGCUUACUCGAUGACAUAGGUUCUUAUGAGUUUGAGACGAAGAGAGGUCAACUUGCUAUUGGAGUUGAAAGCUACAUGAAAGAAAAUGGUGUGACAAAAGAAGAAGCAAUGGCCAAAUUUAUGGAAUUAUGUACGAACGCAUGGAGAGAUAGCAACGAGGAGAUGCUAAGGCUGUCUUGUUAUAAAUCUAGGGAUCUUCUUACACAUAUCCUCAAUUUUGACCGUGUAACAUAUAUUACUUACAAAGACAAAGAAGAUGGAUACACUCAACCCGAAAAGGUUUUGAAGCCUCUUAUCCUUGCUUUGUUGGUCGAUGCAUUUGAGGUUUAGUCAUUUCGAAUAAUAUGUAACAGUCAGAAUGGUUGUACCAUAUAUAUAUAGUGGUGUUAUGUAUGUUAUUUACGGCAAUAAAAGGUGUAACAAUGAUGGCUUACUAUACAUAUUUGGAGAGAAUAUAUAGAUGUUGUCGAAGAA